AUGUCGACCCUCGAAGAGCUCGAUGACCUCGACCGCCGGGAGAAGGAGGAGAAGAGAAGAGGAAACAAUGGCAAGAAAGCCACCGUUACCGAUGGAGACGAUGAGAUGAAGGACGCGGAGGAAAAGGAAGACAUUCUCGAUGACGAAAUCCUCAGCCUGAGCACACAAGACAUCCAGACCCGAAAGCGACUACUCGAAAACGACUCUCGGAUCAUGAAGAGCGAGCUUUCGAGGCAACUUCCUUAUCUCGUCGGAAAUGUUGUCGAGCUGCUAGACUUGGAUCCCACUGCAGAAUCUUCCGAGGAGGGAGCCAACAUCGAUCUCGAUGCCACACGGGUGGGCAAGUCAGCCGUCAUCAAGACGUCUACGAGACAGACCAUCUUCCUACCGCUGAUUGGUCUUGUUGAUUCGGAUAAGCUCAAGCCUGGUGACUUGAUUGGUGUCAACAAAGACUCAUACCUCGUUUUGGACACACUGCCCGCCGAGUAUGACAGCCGAGUCAAGGCCAUGGAGGUUGACGAGAAGCCAACGGAACAAUACACCGAUGUUGGAGGUCUGGACAAGCAGAUUGAGGAGCUGGUGGAGGCUAUCGUCUGGCCCAUGAAGGAGGCAGAACGGUUCAAGAAGAUUGGCAUCAAGGCACCCAAAGGCGCUCUCAUGUACGGCCCCCCCGGUACCGGAAAGACUCUAAUGGCCAGGGCCUGUGCUGCUCAGACAGAGGCGACGUUUCUCAAGCUUGCAGGGCCUCAACUUGUGCAAAUGUUCAUAGGAGAUGGUGCUAAGCUUGUUCGCGACUGUUUCGCCCUAGCAAAGGAAAAGGCACCCGCAAUCAUCUUCAUCGACGAGCUGGAUGCCGUCGGCACCAAGCGUUUCGACAGCGAGAAGAGCGGUGAUCGAGAGGUCCAACGAACCAUGUUGGAGCUUCUCAACCAGCUUGAUGGUUUCGCGUCCGACGACCGUAUCAAGGUUUUGGCCGCCACCAACCGAGUCGACGUGCUCGACCCUGCACUGCUACGAUCCGGCCGUCUGGAUCGAAAGAUUGAGUUUCCCCUGCCGAACGAAGAGGCCCGAGCGCAGAUUCUCAAAAUUCACUCACGCAAGAUGAAGGUUGACCCCGGAGUCAACUGGGGUGAACUGGCCCGAAGCACGGAUGAGUUUGGUGGUGCCAUGUUGAAGGCCGUCUGCGUCGAGGCCGGCAUGAUUGCCCUGCGAUCAGGGAAGAACCAGAUUGGCCACGAGCACUACGUCGACGCCAUUGCCGAGGUGCAGGCCAAGAAGAAGGAUACUGUCAACUUUUACGCAUAA